AUAAAAACUUCAAAUCAAAAAUGCUGACAAAUAAUAAUAGUAAUAACAACCAAGCAUAUAACCCAACUAAUCCGGAUGAUCGAAAUUUUCAAAAAUGUGGUCGAGUUUUCACAGGAACCGUUGAACGCGUUAUGAAAUGGAAUCGAAUCUACUCCGAUUUUUGUUAUUACGAAGUUAUAGCUUCAGUGAUCGCAUUUCAAGAUGGUCCGAAUAGAUCACAACGAACAAUGUUGUUAAGAGAUCGACAAGGCCCUAUUUUGCAAGUUAUAUAUUAUUCAAAUGAUCGCAUCAAUAUCAACGAUUUCUUUGUAGGAGAAACAUUAAGAUGUUUAGGGCAUAUGACAUCGGCUAAUACUCUUCAUGCUUUAAGUAUACGAGUGGCUACUAACGAAGAAUUAACCACCUUACAAAGGAUGGUUUAUAUAUCAGAACAUGCUAUGAUGUCAUGUUUGGAAAAAAAAUAAUUUACAAAGUUAAUCGUUUAUUAAUAGUUAUUUAAGUAAUUAAAAUUAUAUAA